AUGCUAUUUUCUUCAUCCGAGUGCAUCACCUGGCUCGCUGUAACCCUUACCGUGGGUGUUGCUAUAGUAACAGUGAACCUUCUAUCAGUCAUUCUUUUUAUAAAAAACCGCAGUCUUCGCACUCGUCCCAUGUACCUAGUUAUAAGCCUGACCAUAGUUGAUAUGUUUGUCGGAGGAUUUUCUCACUUUGAUCUAUUUCGAUUGUUCGUAAACAUAUGCGACAUUGUGAAAAUGAACCUAAGCCAGGAACUGGAUGCGAUAAUUCACUUUCUUUUCAUCUGGUUUCCUCUGACCUCUCUAACAAACAUUGCAGCGAUUUCAUUGGAUCGGAUGCAUGCAACAAUUCGUCCCUUCGGGCAUCGCCUCAUCAAAAAGUGGAUCUACGGGGUAACAAUUGCUGCUGUCUGGGUUUUAGCUGCAAUGAUGACUGCGGCCAGGUCAAUCCCUCUACUACGAUAUAGAAAAUGGCAUAAAUAUGCUUUUUACGUAUGGUCAUCAUACUGUUGUUUGUGUCUAUUUGUUAUCUGUGUUUCUUACUCUUCCAUUGCUGUUAAAUUUUUGUGUGGAGCGCAUCCCCAGCACCAUGGUGCAGCCAACAGGCAAAGGAAACUGACCGUAACAUUAUUCAUAAUGACUAUUAUAUCCUUACUGAUGUGGGUACCAUAUACGGUUUUUGUUUUUCUUUCAUCUAUUUUCUUUCAAUCCCUUUCUUUCCAGGAAUAUGUACGUUUGACGUUUUCUUUAAAUAUUCUAUAUUUGAUGAACUCGCUUGUUAAUCCUAUUGUUUACACAAUCAGAAUUCCAAAGUUUAGGAAAGCUUUCCUGUUGUUAUUUAAAUGCCAACGAAGACAAAAUGCCCAAGAUAUUCCUCUUCAUGCGCUUUAA